GCUCCUCAUCGGUGACUGAGAGAAGCGGGACCUGGGUUAACAGCUAGUUAAGGAAUAGUUACCAGUAGUUAGUAUGGGGGGGGUUAGCGCCGGUGGUGACCGGUGUGAGGAGAGUUAUUACUAGUUAGUGAGGGUUGGUAACUAGUUAUGGGUUAUUACUAGUUAACAGUGUUAACUAGGUUUACUAUUAGAGUUGAUAUCCUGAUUAUAACUAGUUAGGGAAAGUUAGCAGAGCCUUGUGAUUACUCACUGGUGGAGAAUUGGUUAUUACUGGUUAAAUGAGGGAUAUGGUUAACUAGUUAUACAAAAUCUUCAUUGUGAUGUAAACUAGUUGGUGACUGGUUACUAACAGCGAGUGGGGUGGAAACUGGUUAAUCAAAGGUUUGUUAUUGCUAGUUAAUGAGUGGGAAUUGGAAACCAGACAGCAGAGGCCUGGGUAUUGCUAACUAGUGGGGGGGGGGGGGGGGGCAGACACCGGUCAGUGAAGGGUCGGUUGUUCCUGGUUAGCGAGGAGUUCGUUGGGCAGGGUGAGGGAUGUGCGAAGGGUUAGCGUGGGAGCAGUCGCUAGUUGUGGGCAAGCUAAGUGGUAGUUGGGCCCAGGUGCUGGUGAGUUAAGUGGUAGUUGAGCCAGGUUGCCGGUGAGUUAAGUGGUAGUUGAGCCAGAUUGCCAGCGGGUUAAGUGGUAGUUGGGCCUGGGUGCCGGCGGGUUAAGCGGUAGUUGGGCCCGGGUGCCGGCGGGUUAAGCGGUAGUUGGGCCCGGGUGCCGGCGGGUUAAGUGGUAGUUGGGCCCGGGUGCCGGCGGGUUAAGCGGUAGUUGGGCCCGGGUGCCGGCGGGUUAAGUGGUAGUUGGGCCCGGGUGCCGGUGGGUUAAGUGGUAGUUGAGCGGGGCAGGGAUGGCGGAGCGGGAGGAGCGGAGGUUCGCCGAGGUCCCCAGGGAGUCGGUGAAGCUGAUGGCAGAGAGCGUGGGGCUGGAGCUGGGCGACGAGGUGGCGGCCCUGCUGUCCGAGGACGUCUGCUACCGGCUGCGGGAGGUGGCGCAGAACAGCGCGCAGUUCAUGAAACACGCCAAGCGCAGGAGGCUGACCACCGAGGACGUCAACCGCGCCCUGCGCUGGGCCAACGUGGAGCCGGUGUGCGGGUACGGUGCACCCGACGCCCUGGCCUUCCGCAGCGUGAAGGACGGUGAGCUGUUCGUACCCGAGGACCGGGAGGUGAACCUGCUGGAGCUGGCGCUGGCCACAAACAUCCCCAAGGGGUGCGCGGAGACCAUCGUCCGGGUUCAGGUCUCGUACUUGGACAGUAAAGGGAACGAAGAGCCCCAGGGAGUGGUGCCCAUGGCUGUCUCCUCCCUCUCUGAUGACCUCAUGAAGUAUUACCAGCAAGUCACCAGGGCGGUGCUGGGAGACGAUCGCCAGCUCAUGAAGGUUGCUCUCCAGGACCUCCAGUCGAAUUCGAAGAUCGCGGCUCUGCUGCCCUACUUUGUGUAUGUGGUCAGUGGGGUGAAGUCGGUGAGCCACGACCUGGACCAGCUGAGCCGCUUGCUGCACAUUGUGAAGAGUUUGAUCCGGAACCCCUACCUGUACCUGGGCUCCUACAUCCGCAGCCUGGUCUCCAGUAUCAUGUACUGCAUCCUGGAGCCGCUGGCCGCCUCCAUCAACCCCCUCAACGACCACUGGACCCUGCGGGACUACGCGGCCCUGCUGCUCAGUCACAUCUUCUGGUGGCACGGAGACCUGGUCAGCGGGCUGUACCACCAGAUCCUGCUGACCCUGCAGAAAGUGCUGGUGGAUCCGGUCCGGCCGCUGUGCUCGCACUACGGAGCGCUAGUGGGGCUGCGGGCCCUCGGAUGGAAGGCGGUGGAGCGGGUCCUGUACCCCCAGCUGUCCACCUACUGGCCCAACCUCCAGGCCGUGCUGGAUGACAACUCCGUCUCCAAUGCCCAGGUCAAGGCCGACGGACACAAGGUGUACGGAGCCAUCUUGGUGGCAGUGGAGAGGCUGCUGAAGGCCAAGGCCCGGCUGGUGUCCCCGUCCGACCCCGGGGGCGACCCCCUCUCUCCGGCCGGCAGCCCCCCCCGCGACCCCCCGCCCGAGUUCGGCUUCGGGCUGGCCAGCCACCUGCUGCAGGCGGCCCCCGGCGCCCCCCCACUGCACCGGCCGCCCCCCCCUCCCUCCUCCCUGCCCCGUCUCUACUGCCACCUCUACUCCUUCUUUGGCGACGCCCUCUCCCUCCGCUUUGGAACCGGACCCGCCCUCGGGCCGCCGUCCCCCUCCUCCCCUCUCGCCCCCGCCCCCUCCCCGGGCAGGGAGGGCGACGCUUCCCAGCCCCACCCCCCCUCGGAGGGGGCAGAGGGCGGCCGCAAGAUGCCCCAGCUGACCCUGAGCCUGGCCGUCAGCCCCAGGCAGGAGGGCAGCCCUGCCCCCGACCCCUCGGCCCCCCGGCCCCCCCUCCACCGCCCCAGCCUGCCUCCCAAGCCCCUGGCCUCCCGCCCCCCCCAGGAGAGGGGUCCGUCCCAGCUGCGGGGGGCGCAGGGGGUGAGGGAGGCCUUCCAGAGGUCCCGCCUGUCACCACGCUCCGGGCACCCGUCCUUCCUGAUCGCCGGGAGGCAGAUGGGGCACCGGGUGCGGGGGCGCCUCUUCCAGACCUCCUUCCCCCUGUACCGGGGGCCCAGCCUGGCCUCCAGGUACGGCCAGAGGCUGCCCAUGAUUGGCCGCGUCAACAAGCCCGUCAGGAAGUGGCUGAGGACCGACUACUCCCUCCACCUGCUGCUGUGAGCCUGCUGCAGUGGGAGAAACUCCCUCUCUCCCUGUCUCUCUCCCUGUCUCUCUCCCUGUCUCUCUCUCCAGGGCUUUUGACGCGGCAUUUGUCUGAAGCUGUCUCCAGGGUAUUGAGGAGCCUGACAGCCUGGGGGAGAGAACUAUCGUACAGUCUAGUAGUUCUGGCCUGGAUGCUCCGGUAAUGCUUGCCAGACGGCAGUGGGACAAAUAGGUUGUGGGAGGGAUGAGAGGGGUCAUCUCUGAUUCUGCCGGCCUUGCAUGUGCACCGUGUGUCCAUGACCUCCUCCACUGCCGGGUCAGGGCCAAACGAGAGGCAGAGGGGCAGUACCUCAUCCCCCUGGGCUGUUUCCAACCUGGGGGCAUGGCCGGCGAAUCCUCAGAGCUCUGUCCUGGCCUCCAUCGCCCUCUCUCCUACCACUGCCCCCAUCCUCUCCCUCUACCCGUCACCUACCAUGUUGUGGCAAACUAAACGCCUAACUAAACGAAUCCCUCUGCCUGCACACGGUCCGUCUCCCCCCAUUCCCUGCACAUCCAUGUGUCUAACAGCCUCUUAAACCGCUCUAUUGUAUCUGCCUCCACCCCCAGCCCUGGCAGCACGUUCCAGGCACCCACCACUCUCUGUGUAAAAAAAAACCUGCCCCACACAUCUCCUUUGAAUUUACCCCCUCUCACCUUAAAUGCACGCCCUCUGGUAUUAGACAUUUCCGCCCUGGGGAAAAGAUACCGGCUGUCUACUCUAUCUGUGCCUCUAUCAGGUCUCCCCUCAGCCUCCGCCGCUCCAGAGAAAACAACCCAAGUUUGUCCAACCUCUCCUUAUAGCUCAUGCCCUCUAAUGCAGGCAGCGUCCUGGUGAACCUCUUCUGCACCCUCUCCAAAGCCUCCACAUCCUUCCUGUAACGGGGCGACCAGAACUGAAUGCAAUACUCCAGAUGCGGCCUGACCAGAGUUUUAUAAAGCUGCAACGUAACUUCCCGACUCUUGAACUCAGUGCCUCAAUUAAUAAAGGCAAGCGUGCCGUACGCCUUCUCUGCCUGUCGACCUGUGCAGGCACUUUCAGGGAGCUGUGGACCUGGACCCCAAGAUCCCUCAGCACAUCUGUGGAGGGACUAUGACGGGUCCUGCCCCCUGCCUCAAACUGGUUCCCCUCCCCACCUCCUUCCCUUUAUUCCCUGCUUCACUGUCCUCUCUUAUCUUGUGUCUCCAUUCUGUUGUCUGGGGAGGGCAAACACACCAACUCACUGCCUGCUCUCCCCCUCCCCCCGACCCAGGAGGGAACCUCAAAGCGCAGUGCUCCUUCCCUCCAUGCUCCUUCCCUCCACUCCCCUCCCUGAGGAAUACCAGACCCUGGGUUUCAGCCCCCUCUGGAUUUCCCUCCUCACCUCCGUUCCUUUCUGCCACCCUGGGCUGAAUUCUUCCUCGGAGACACAGGAGACGGUGGACGCUGGAACCGGGAGCAACACACGAGCCACUGGAGGAACUCGGCGGUCUGUGGGGGGGGGGGGGGGGGGGGGGGGGGAAGUGCGCCGUCGAGGUUUCAGGUCGAGACUCUCUUACCUGGACAGUUCCAGUGACUGUCCAUCUCCCUCCACGGAUGCUGCUUGACCCUCUGAGUUCGUCCUCGUUCCCCCCCCCCCCCCCCCCCCCCCAGCUCUGGUCCCACCUCACGGUGAAUCUACGAGACUCCUCUUGGUUACAACACAGGGAACCGGAGUGGCUGUAACAAUCCUGGGUGGAGGACUUGCCCCCGUUCCAAGAGGAUAACGGACUCUGAAAUAUUUCCCCAACACCCGGCCCUGCAGCGACUUUUCUACUUCACGUUUUUGGACUUUUAUUGUAUAUUUGGGAAUGUUUGAUACAACCAGCAGAUGGAACUGUUGUAUUAAUAAAGGAUAAAUUCAAACCUGU